GCGGUCUCUCUCCGCAAGAUCCAGCAGCAUCGGGCGCGCACGGACUACGUAGCUGUAUGGGGGCGCGAUCAGUAUUGGUAUUUUCCUACGGUGUGAAUCCAAAAUGUCAGACAUCGAUAAAUGGAUAGAGAUCGCGAAAGAGUGCAAAUACUUGCCUGAAAAUGAUCUCAAGAAACUUUGUGACAUGGUAUGUGAUUUGUUGCUGGAGGAGUCUAACAUACAGCCCGUGUCGACUCCGGUAACGGUGUGCGGCGAUAUCCACGGUCAGUUCUAUGAUUUAGAGGAAUUGUUUCGCAAUGGUGGCCCCGUACCGGACACAAAUUACAUAUUUCUGGGAGAUUUUGUUGAUCGGGGCUACUACAGCUUAGAAACGUUUACCCGUCUGCUCACACUUAAAGCUAAAUGGUCUGACAGGAUAACGUUACUACGUGGUAAUCACGAAUCUAGACAAAUCACACAUGUUUAUGGAUUUUAUGAUGAAUGCCAAAACAAGUAUGGCAAUGCUAAUGCGUGGAAGUAUUGUUGUAGGGUAUUUGAUUUGCUCACAGUUGCUGCCUUAAUUGAUGAACAGGUUCUUUGUGUACAUGGUGGAUUGUCUCCAGCUAUUAGAACACUAGAUCAAAUUAGAACGAUUGAAAGGAAUCAAGAGAUUCCACACAAAGGUGCUUUCUGUGAUUUGGUCUGGUCUGAUCCAGAGGAUGUAGAGACGUGGACAGUAAGUCCACGUGGGGCAGGCUGGCUGUUUGGCAGCAAAGUGACUUAUAUGUUUAUGGAAGUGAAUGACCUUAAACUCAUCUGUAGGGCGCACCAACUAGUUCAGGAAGGUUAUAGGUACAUGUUCAAUGACAAACUCGUCACAGUGUGGUCAGCUCCAAAUUACUGUUAUCGAUGUGGUAACAUAGCUAGUAUCAUGCAGUUCACAACAGUGGAUCAGAGAACACCCGUGCUAUUCCAGGCAGUGCCUGAUUCCGAGAGAGUAAUCCCACCGCUAACGCCCACUCCGUACUUUUUGUGAUCUACCUUAGUGACUCAUCUGUACGGAUGCAGAAGGGAAAUGUCUGUGUCUAGACUCUACGGAAUCACAUGAUUUGAUUGGCCGGAUACCAGGCUGGUACCAUGACGGAACCAUUCAUGAGAAUAUAUCAUAUAAGCCGAUUAUACAUAUUACUCUAGAAAAAUUUUGAUUCCCUUAAAAGAAAUUGUUUGAUGCGUUUUACGAUCGAAAUACGAUACUUAGAGGACUGAAUUGUCGUGUGAUUGCUCUUAUUCAGGGAAUGUUCUUUAGAUUUUUUAAGAACUUUAUCAGGUUUUACAUGUUGUAAAGCUAACUUUUAUAUAUAUACAUAGUAUCUGCCAUUGCAUCAGCCUGAUUUUUGUAGUGAAAAAAAAAAAGAACGAUAUUUUGCAUCAGAGCAAAUGUGAACAUUCUGUGGUCUAGACGCUUUUGCUGUCUACUAUGUACAUUCUGUAGAGCAUUUGUAUCUCAGAGCAGCAUUCUGGACUUUAAUGUUCAAAAAAGUCAAAGAGCUUUUCAGUAAUUUAUGAACGCGAAUAACGCGAAUAGUCCGGUGCUGUGUAUAUGUGAAUAAAAUGAAAAAAAAAUCAUGUUUAAACAUUCCGGCAAAAAGUACACUCUGAGUACAAUGAAUGCUUCUCUGACAUAACAAUCGUGCGUAGAAUUCAGGUUUAUUAAAGCGUGAGCAUAUAUAGUACUGUUAAGGUCUUCCUGAACAUAUAAAUGAUUUGUUGCUGAUUUAGGUACUGUGUGUGCUGCGUGCUGUUCUUUUUUCUUCUAAAUGCGCAAUCAGUGUUCUUAGCAAGAAUCGUAAAUUCGGCUCUUUUUCGCCGAAGUACAAAUAGCGUGUAGCAGUAGCCAAAGUUUUUCCUGCUUAGGUAAGGAAAUCCGAUAGUGGGAUCAUUAUAGCAUCUAUAGAGAGUUGUCUUAUUAUUUUUAUGCACAUGACAUUUUUUACGCUUAAUUUUUAAGAAAAUUUAAGCUCAAAUAUUGUCUCUAUCUUGACACACAUUGAUAUUUUUGUUGAAAAAAAAAAAGAUAUCCACCAUUUGUUCGUCACACUUCUCUAUAUAUAUGUACAAAGCAAUAUUUUCAAAUACUAUUGCAUUCUCCGGAUCUUUGUACAAUUUCCAAUAUCAUAUGCCAAAUCGCUGUCGUAUUAAAUAACCGUAAUUAGCUAAUUAUCAUAAGUUCAUUAAUGUAGGGAGCAACUUUAAAAGGAAAAAAACCGAGACCCUUAGCAAUGUGCCUCUAAAUUAAUAAGCGUUUGUGUAAUAUAAUGAUAUGAUAUUGAUAUGACAUAAUUAAUGGAAAUGCACCGGCCAUUGCAUAUCAUAAGCCUGAAUUCUGACCAUCGAUUUUUGCUAGCUCACGAUAAUUCCUAACCGAUCACAGACCCGACAAAUACGGCAUUGGCAUUGUGGCACAGGUUGUCAAGUUGAGACUAUUCUAUUUUGAAUUUUGUGAUAUAGACCGAAGGAGGCGUGUGCAAUGGUCAUGUCGAUGUUUAUAACGACUCUCCUUGUCGCACUAUUCGAAGGUGGUUUUGUGAAGACCCGUUAUUUCAAGAAAUGUAAUAAACUUUUGAACAGUGCCUUCAGAACUAUAACACGACGGUCUACUAGAAGUAUAAAUGCUUUCUUACUGACAGAUAAUCAUAGACGAACUAACAUAAGGACGAAUAAUCAUACAAAUACCAGAGCUUAAUAAGAAUGUGUAUGAGGAAAUUUUUAUCACUCUCUUUUUAUUCUAUUUCAUAAACUUUUCGCUCUAUUUUUAUUUUGGAAUAAACCUUUGCUUUUUCGCGAAACUUUUCUAUGAUAUAUAUAUAUAUACAUUUACGUUUUACGAUUUUACUACCUUUUAGGUCUACUCUUACAUUUUACACAUCACGUGCGCGGGAUACUCUAUUUGUACUACAUUUAUUACAACGUACUAUUGCGCGAUACUUUACGCGAGUAUUGUCAUAUUAGAUAGAGGAGGAGCGCAUCUAGAACGAAUCGGGACACGGAGCUUGCGUUACAAACUCGACUCGCUACAUUUGCAGCCUCCGAGUCGUGAAACCCGGUAUUGCAACGACGGGAACGCCCUACGUGUGAUACAAGUAUCGUAGAAAUCUAAAAAAAAAAAAAGAAAGAGUAUUAGCUUGUUUCUACUAUCGGGGUGUUCGUGACGUUUCGUCUACCGGAAUGCCUCUGUCUGUGAUCGCUUUAAUCUUAUCGAAGUGUCCAAGCGCUUGCGGCGACUCGAUAUUAAUAAUCGGUAAGUUCGCGAGAGAGAACAAAUAAAGACAAUUUGCAAGAUAAAAUAACAAAGACUAAUUUAGCUUAAUGUGUGCUCCGUGCGGGAGCUUGAACACUGCGCAUAAUCCUUAAAGAUCUCACAGGUAGACACCAUUUUAAAAUGAUCAUCAUGUACCUUGAAAGUAUAGACUUUGUUAUGUUAAUGUAAUGAAGAACGUCUGUAAUAAAAAUGCGCAAAAAAUCGCA